AUGUUAUAAUUAUANCAAUAAAUUAUUCUAAAUUAAACUUAAUAUCAGCAAAAUGCAUCUUCAUAAUUUCUGUAAUUGCAAACUCAAUUAGAAGAAAAACUCUCUAAUUUUAUUAAUAAAUAAAUUAAAGAGCUUUCAAACCGAUUAUAACAUCUUAAUAAGAACGAAAUUGAAACUAUGAAUAGUCAAUUAGAAAAGCUUCGAGCCUAAAUCUUUUAAAUAAAUAUCACAAAUAGUAAACUUAUUACUAACAAGCUAUAAUCCUCUUAUGCAAAUGAUAAUGAAAAUUAAGUAAUUAAUCAUUCAUAAAAUCAUAAACCCUUUUUAACUGAUAAUCAAUCUCAUAAUAUUGAUUCAAAUAUCAAAAUAAUGAAAAAUAACUAUUUAAUUGAUAGGGAUUUUUCAACUUAAUCAAACAAUCCUUUAAAUGAUAUUACUAAUAUUUAAAUCAAAUAUAUCAAGAGUUUACAAUAAAGUUUGCAAAACUCAAAACUAUCUAAAUGUUCUUCAAAUAAUAAUUACAAACAACAAGAAGGUUCUCCUAUUGAACUAUUUAACGAACAGAAUAUUCUAGAUAGUCUUGAUAAUAUUAAGGUUUUUGAUCCCUAACACUCUGACCAUCCUUCAGAUUCUACUAACAAUUAUAAUUCAAUGGAUUUAUCGUAAGCGAGAAUGUCAACUAUCUAAGAAAAUGAAAAUGAAGAAGAUGAAUGUGUAUAUUAAGUGGUAGAAAAUCGUUAACAAUAGACCAGUAUUGAAAAUAAAAAGAAAUAGAAAGAUUAAACCAAAAUUAAAUAAUGCAAAAGCAAGACAUUAUAUUAUUGA